CGAAUACGAAUUCACAGUGUGCUGGUUCGCGUUCGCCUCGUUGGUAACCAGCAAUAUGAAAAUCUUCGGAAUUUAUAUCUUCAGUUUCGUCUAUUUGUUAACAACAUUCAGAAAUUCGAUUGGUGCAACAUAUGAAAAUGGCUCCUCUGUGCAAAUCAAGAGAUUGGUGGAAAAGUCAGGAUUAACGGAAGGACCUCACUGGGAUCCAAUUACCCAAAAACUCUUCUUCGUCGACAUCUGGGCCAAUAAAAUUUGUAGCUACAAUCCUCAAGAUACAAAAGUUUACUGUGCUUAUAUAGCAAAUGGACCUGUGGGAGUGGUAGUUCCAGUAGAAGAUACUCCAAAUACUUUUGUAGUAGGAUCAGGUGUAGAUAUUCUUUUGGUCACUUGGGAUGGAGAAUGUGAUACCAACAGUCCUCCAAUUCGUAAAAUAGCGACUGCCGAAAAAUUCCGACCAGAAACCAGGUUCAAUGAUGGCAAGGCCGACUCCUCUGGAAGAUUCUGGGCAGGAACAAUCACUGAAAUCAAUGGGGAACCUCAACCCAAUGAAGCUGCCUUUUAUAGCCUCGACAAAGAUCUAGUUUUAAGAACUCAAAUCAAACCUGUUACAAUCAGUAAUGGUUUGGCGUGGAAUAGCGAUGAUGAUACACUUUAUUAUAUUGAUACACCAACCAGACAAAUUGCUGCUUUCGACUACAAUAAAUUCGAUGGGACUAUUAGCAACAAGAGAAUAGUCUUCGACGUUGUGCAAAAUAAUCUUCCGGGAGUUCCUGAUGGAAUGACGAUAGAUUCUGAUGGAAACCUCUGGAUUGCUCUGUUUGGUGGAUCUCAAGUGAUACAAGUGGAUCCAAAAUCAGGAAAAUUGCUAAGAUCAAUUCCAAUGCCAGCAAAAAGAAUAACAAGUGUGACUUUCGGAGAUUUCUCACUUGAUACUUUAUAUGUAACGACAGCUGGAUACGGUUUUGCUCGUCCCCAGGAAAAAACUCCAGCGGAUGAUCUCCAAGGCGGAUCGAUUUUCUCAAUUAAAGGCACUGGUGCCCGAGGAUUUUCUCCUAAUCUUUUCAGGAUUUAAAAAUAAGUUUAACAAUUUAAAAAAAGUAUAUUAUUGCGGGAUAUUUUUGAAAUUGAUCAAAUGCACA